UCUAAAAAUGUUAUAAUGAAGAGGAGGGGUGGGGAAACCCUCUGGUGUCAUACUUAUUCUUUUUUCUCACUCCACCGCCUCGGUUUUGCCAUCAACGAACACACACCGACUCUCUUCAGCAACGCGGAAAAACAGAGGAGGGGUGGUGGAAACCCUCUGAAGCAGAAAAGAAAUAUGGCAAUACUUUCGUUGUUGUCGUCGUUAGAAGCAGAUAUUUCUGUACCCUUGCUCUUGUCCACCGUGACCGUGGUCUCGGCCACUGCCACAACCUUGUUAUUAAUCUGCAAGCCUCGCCUCAUGCGCCUCUACUCCCACAAAAGGAACCUCAUAAGACUCCAUCAUGAAAAACCUAAAAGCAAUCCAACUGGCAAGAUUCUAUUUGUUUCCCGAAUCGGAACCUCAAAAGCCCUAGCUUCGUGCCUCUGCGAUUUGUUCGAGUCGUUCGGCGUCGUUACGGAGCUCGUAGAUGCCAGGGAUUACGUGCCCGAAGCCCUACCCAAGGAGAACCUUGUCGUCCUCGUUGCUUCAACUUCGGAAGUUUGGAACCAAUUUCUCGGACAAGAUUUCAUCUCCACUGACAACCGUUCUCUCGGAGCACAGAUGUUCGCCGGUCGGAUCGUCAAUUACGCGAAGGGCUAUAAGUUUGGAUCGUUAGUUGUGAAUGCUUACGGUUUCAGUGCGUUUGUCGCCGGCAAAGGGGCUUCUGGAGAUGACACGAAUUUGAUGGCUAAGGCUGCCAAUCAUAUUAGGGAUUUAGGGGACACUGUUGAAUUGAACGCGGAUUUUGACCGCUGGUGGGGAAGUGUUGUUGGGGUUUUGCAAGGUGCUGUUUCGGGAGGUGCUGCUGAUGCCAUGUGCGGGGAAUAUGAUCCUGAGGAUGUUGGUUCUUCUGAUCCAAAGCUAUCCAUGACGCAGCGCUUAUACCUGUUUGUGGAAAAUAUAAAUCUUGAAAGAGAUCAUGUUGGGAAAUCAGCCAUCACGCGCAGGAUGUUAACUAUAACUGAGGCCAACUUUAUUAAGAAUGGCACUGUUGAUCUUGAAGAUGGAGGUCAUGUAACUGCCAAAUGGCCUCUUAGAGAUGGUCUAUUGGUCGAUUGUCCAUUACCAUAUAUGCAAGGAGUUUGUUCUGUCGGUCACAGCUUCUUCUUUGCUGGUGGUGGUGGUUACCUGAAUAUUAUUGACCCAGAAUUGUGUUUGAAUUGGGAUGAUCAUUACCCCUCAAGGAUGUGGUGCCUCAAGUAUGAGGGUUCUAAUUGGAGUUGGAAGUUUUGUGGAAGCAUGUUCUGCCGCCGAUAUAGACCCUUAGUAGUCCCCUAUGAUGGCAAAUUGUACAUCUUUGGGGGUACUGGAAGUGCAAAUUGCUGGGUUGAUAUUUACAGCCUAAAAUCAGGUCUAUGGGAAACAAGGGAAGUGCCCGAAAGUGCUCUCUUGUCAUAUUGCAUGAACCCUGACUCUUACUUUCUGUGGGAGGACAGCACCAAGCCUCACAAGAAGACCCACAUUGUAUUGUAUUCUUGUGGUGAUAAACAUCAAGGGCUCAUGUCAUAUGACGUCAAGGCUAACAAUUGGGAAUACCUUGAUUGGAAUUUUCCGCCAGUUCCUGAAUCUUGUCCAAGGAAACUUGUUCGUUUGGGAUGCAGUCAUUAUCUUCUGAUUGUUGACUUCGCUCCAAUGUGGCAUAUUUAUGAUUUAUCUAAAAUGAAUGUUGUGGCAACUGUGGGGGUGCAUGGUUUGGACAAGACCGCAGAAGUAACGUAUAUUUUUUGUUGCCACAACACUAGCGAUGAAAGUUUGAUUUAUAUGUUCAUGGAACCUGGAAAUGUUUUCGAGGGAGAGCCAUCUACUAACUCUGGUUCUGGGGUUGUUUCUUAUGCCAGAGUCAAGCUCCAACUCAAAACUUUUUCUGCCAAGAUUGAAUCCAAGGGUAAUCUUAACCUUGGUGAUUAUGUAAAUCUUUAUAUGUUUGCUGUUGGAGAUGAAGACCAAUAAUUUGCUUUCAAUCGGUGCUCACAAUGAUUGUUUCCUUUGAAAUCAAGAAUCAAAAAACCAUUCUCCAUCACAAUCUCUUCCUCUCCCUCUUUCUCUGGAUCGUGAUUGUUCUCCUUGAAACCUUUUUCAAUCUCAAUCUAAUUCUAGGAAGAAGAGUUGCAUUAUUCUAAUCUGAUCGUAGUGUGCGUGAGUGAUUAAAUCGGAAUUGUGAUGAAAAGGGGAAAUUCAAGAGCAAGCCCUCUGGUCGCCACCAAUUCUCCACGCCGGAAGAUCUCCGUAAGCAUCGCGUGUUCUCACUCUCACUUUCACUCUCAGUGCUCUGAAUCUCUCAAUCUUGCUCUGUCUCCUUCUCAUAUGCCAAUGCAGCAUACAGCCAUAGCAAAUCGUGAAAGCAAAAGAAGCCUUCAUUGAUUAGGUGCAAAUUGCAAAAAACAAAGCAACUGCUGUUGGGAGAUGCUACACUACUAGGCUUAGAGCAUAUUGGGGAAUCUGCAGCUAUAGCUCUAAUGUCUUGCAGUAUGGGGUCAAUUUCCCACAGCUCUCCUCUAGCCUUAACAGCCUCAAUUAGCAUUCCACCUUUUACUGAACCACUGUCAUCCCUGAUUACUGCAACCAUCACCCGUUUUGCUGUGCUCUGAGAACGCUGCAUCUGUGUUGAUCUUGAGUUAUUCUUUGGGCAGUGGCCUCCACUUUACUGGUAUGGUUCCUCUACUGGCUUUGAUUCUAUUUGCUCUGUGGUAUCCCUGGCUUUCUUGUAUUCUGUUUCUUGUACUCUAGCUUGGAUUAUAUAGUGCUUAGAGGAUCUGGUUUUAGAUUGUGAAAUAUUGCUGCAUUUUUCGUCUUCCAUAUAGCCCAGAUCAUGUGCCCCAUGCUGCUCCAUCUGUCAUCCCCCUCUUCUUUGCUCCCUUCCUUGAUAAUACUUUCUGCUUGCAUUAGCUAUUCCCAUCUUGAAGGACGAAUGCUACUUUCAACUGGAUCAUUUAUCUUCAUUCUUGCUGGUAUCGUGAGAAGAUAUUAUCAUUCCACUUUUAAUAAUAUAACUUAAAUUUGAUAAAGUUUUUGUUAUAAAUGUGAUUUUUAUUUUAAAAAAAAGGUAUUUUCUAAAUAAAAAUGACAUUAUCAAUUUGAGAGUAUCAUAAUAAAAAAUGCUAUUUGUUUUAUUUGAUGGAACUAGUUAGUAGUUAGCAGUGGCCUGGUUGAAGGUGACAACACGGGUCUUCUAUGGAUUUCAGGUUAUUAAUUUAUCGUAUUAUUGUCUUAAGUAAAGCAUAAAGUCAGUAUUUUGCUUCUGUCCUUGAUGGUGGUGUAGUCCUGCUAUUGUUAUUAAGAUUAAAUUCAGAUAUAAGAUUUAGAGUAUUUUAACUACUCUUUCUAUUCUUGCCUUCCUUUAAUUACUUGCAUUAGAUACAGAGGUAGCAUACUUGGCAUGAAAACCUGCAGGUACCUUGUGCAUUUGGGCUAUGAGGUAACAUAUGUGCGGAAUUUCACUGAAGUUGAUGACAAGAUAAUUAAGAGAGCAAAUGAGAUUGGUGACAAUCCGUUGGACGUAAGCAACCGUUUUUGCCAUGAAUAUAAUGUUGAUAUGACUGAUCUUCAGUGUGAGAAACCUUCUCAAGAGCCUCGUGUUUCUGAUCACAUGGACGAGAUAAAGAACAUGAUAAGUCAGGUGUAAUUUUGCUAUUAAGAUUGGUGUCUUUUGCUUUAAUUCGAGUCUUUUAAUCGAAUCAUCCACAAUAGCAUUAAAAUAUUUUGCUUUUUGUGUGCUGUUUUAUAUUAGUUUAUUUCAUGAGUAAAGCAUCAUUUUGGAUCCUCUAGUAUAUUUUGGAUUUAUUCAUGUAAGCAUAUUGAAGAAAUAGGAAAAUUGAUUUAUUAGAUC